AUGAAUUUUACAACUAUGAUUAUAUCAUCUAGCCUUAUUUUAAUCUUAAUUUUACUUUCUGCACCAGUUCUGGGAACCUUGAAACCUUUACCUUACGGCAACCUGUGAGCCUUGAAAAGUGUCAAGACAGCAGUAAAACUUUCCUUCUUUGUUAGUCUUUUACCUUUAUUCAUUUUUCUUGAUCAAGGCACAGAAGCAGUAGUGACCAAUUGAGAAUGGAUAAAUACAUAUAUAUUUAAUAUUAACAUUAGCUUUAAAUUUGAUAUCUACUCCAUUAUCUUUACCCCUGUCGCCCUUUACGUUACCUGGUCAAUUCUAGAAUUUGCAUCCUGGUACAUACACUCUGAUCCUAAUAUAAACCGCUUCUUUAAGUAUCUAUUAAUCUUCCUAAUCGCUAUAAUUAUUCUAGUUACAGCUAAUAACAUAUUUCAACUAUUUAUUGGCUGAGAGGGGGUAGGAAUCAUAUCGUUUUUGUUGAUUGGCUGAUGAUACGGUCGAGCUGAUGCAAAUACCGCCGCUCUCCAAGCAGUUAUCUACAACCGAGUGGGUGAUGUUGGACUUAUUUUAGCCAUAGCAUGAAUAGCAGUUAAGCUUAAUUCAUGAGAAAUACAACAAAUUUUUUUCCUAUCUACAAAUUAUGAUAUGACACUUCCACUUUUAGGCCUCCUUGUUGCAGCAACCGGAAAAUCCGCUCAAUUUGGACUUCAUCCCUGGCUUCCUUCAGCUAUAGAAGGUCCAACACCAGUAUCUGCCCUACUGCAUUCAAGCACAAUAGUAGUAGCUGGAAUUUUCCUAUUAAUCCGCCUGAGCCCCCUUAUAGCUAGUAAUGCCACAGUAUUAACCGCGUGUCUUUGUUUAGGUGCAUUAACCACUGUAUUUACAGCAACAUGUGCACUUACUCAAAAUGACAUUAAAAAGAUCGUAGCAUUUUCAACCUCUAGCCAACUGGGUUUAAUAAUAGUAACCCUUGGUUUAGGGCAGCCACAACUAGCUUUCUUGCACAUCUGCACCCACGCAUUCUUUAAAGCCAUAUUAUUUUUAUGCUCGGGUUCUAUUAUUCACAGCCUAAACGACGAGCAAGAUAUCCGUAAGAUAGGGGGUCUUCAUCACCUCACCCCAUUCACAUCGUCAUGCUUGACUAUUGGAAGCCUGGCUUUAACAGGAACUCCUUUCCUAGCUGGAUUUUUCUCCAAAGAUGCUAUUAUUGAAGCCUUAAAUACAUCAUAUCUGAACGCCUGAGCCCUUAUCCUAACUUUAUUAGCCACAUCAUUUACCGCAGUCUAUAGCCUUCGUGUGGUUUUUUUUGUAUCUAUGGGUCACCCGCGAUUUAAUUCACUCUCCCCUAUUAACGAAAACAAUAAUGCAGUGAUUAAUCCUAUUAAACGGCUAGCUUGAGGAAGUAUCUUAGCGGGACUAUUAAUCACCGCUAACAUCACCCCUAUAAAAACCCCUGUAAUAACCAUACCGCUUUCCCUAAAAAUAGGCGCCCUAAUCGUAACUAUUCUAGGACUUCUAGUUGCCCUGGAACUAGCCUCCCUUUCCUCCAAACAAUUUAAAGAAAAACCUACUCUUGAUUAUCAUAAUUUUUCAAAUAUAUUAGGGUUUUAUCCACAUAUUAUUCAUCGACUAACCCCAAAAAUUAACUUAAUCCUUGGUCAAGCCAUUGCUAACCAAAUAAUUGAUCAAACUUGAUUAGAAAAAACUGGCCCUAAAAUAGCAGCUUCCUUAAACACUCCUAUAGCCUCCUCAAUUAGUAAUCUUCAACAAGGGGUGGUAAAAACUUAUCUUCUCUUAUUCUUUUUUACUUUAAUACUAACCUUGUUUAUUUCAAUUACCUAA